AUGUCUCACUUAAAGCUUCAUGGUACUUGGUGCCUGGACAAAAACAUAUCCGAUGAUCCUGAUGCAAUUCUCAACCUGCAAGGGGUGAGUUGGUUGGUUCGGAAGGCUAUUCGAGCGGCGAGCAUGAAGCUCACCGUGACGUUCCGAUCCGAGUCAAUGGAAUUUGUCAUGCACACCAUGCUGACAGGCGGUCUCACUGGAUCUUCUGAAACUCGAAUCCCGGAUUGGGUUGAAAGACUCCACAAGGAUAACAUAUUUGGUGAUGUCCUUGUUCGUUGCCGUUUCGUCCCCGGCGAAUUGGAUGCCGGGGGCAAUAAGUGGCCACAGUUCGACAUGCAAUCGACUUUUUACCGAGAGCCGGAUAGGAUUGAAGCUGAAGAGUUUCUCAAGAAUUUUACAUCCUCUGUGGUCCCUGCGCAAGAAAAAGAGGGGAGGAAGGACAGUUUCCUGCACGAUUUCGUGAGGAAUGAGAGCGCGGGAUGGACCGCAGAGCAGGUGUGGGGUCUUGACUAUAUAGGUUCUCAAAAGUGCCUGAAAAGAAGAAUCGUCGUCACAGGAGGUGGCAAAUAUGAGACCGCAGUCUUUGUAUAUAGAUUUGUCGAAUAG